AUGGGAUUUAGUAAAUCUAAGCGUCAGGUUUCACAUGUGGUCAAAAAAAGAGAGUUUUCCGAGGUUCUGGGGGAGUAUAGAGAUGAGAUUAAGAAAUCACAGAUGUUUAAAGAGCUAUGCCAGUCUCUUGAAGCGUAUCGUCAACAUAUCGUUCGGGUACGAUGCCUAGCGCUUGGCUCGUUCCAUGAGGAGUUUUCUGCGAAAUGGCAAUUGGCGCUUUUAAUGGAAUUGCUGGAUUAUCUGAAUGCUUCAAACCCGUUGGUGUCCGUUUACGAUCCUGUCUUUACAGAGGAGGAUUUGAAAUUCGUAUCACAAUUGGAGAGAUGGUCUGUGGAUGAAAAUCUAUCAGCUGAAUGGAAUGAAGACUCUAGUCGUACCUUGUUCUUCUUACCACAUGCACCAUUAGACUUAACGGAACUGGUGCUCGAUAAAGAGCAACCUAAAUAUUGGUUGGCCAAUCAUUUCAUUGCCCAUACUGAUAGGUACACCAAGGUGCAGUUAUUCGAAAAAUAUCCACUGAUUAGUAAAUUGAUUAAUAGUUUGUCUGCAACCGGUCCUCGUCGGGAUCAAAUGGCUUCACAAGAUGAAUUUACUACAUUUGUCCCAAGACGUAAGAGAAAAAAUAGACAAGCAUAUCAAGAACCUAAAUUGGACUACUCGAGGAUAAAUUCUAAAUUCCAGAAAUGCGAGCUGCUGCAGGAUUUUCAACAAGGUGACUUGCUAAGAAACCAGCCGUGGGUCAAUUCAUUUUCAGAUUUAGCGCUUCAUCUGAUAGACUGA